AUGGAUGAACAAAAGCUGCCGGAAAGUUGCUGUGUAAAAGGGGAUGAUUCAUGUGUCGGCGCUCCGUAUCCGUUCACCGCUGACACGGUCUGGCAAGAGGGAUGUUACAACAGUUUUAACGAUUGGGUAAAGGAUCAUAUCGGGGUAAUCGCUGGCGUGAGUCUUGGUUUCCUUGUGAUUGUAGUACUUGCAAUGGUGUUUGGGUGUUGUAUGAUCAAGGACAAAACCGAAUACGUAUAAAACUAUUCCAAGAAAACAAGAUGUAUAUUUUCCUGAUCACAACUCAAAAAUUGUGCCACUAAAGUUCUUUCUAAAAAUAUUAAUGAAAUAACAAAAUUUAGAUAGUAUACGUACGAAGAAAAACAACCCAAAUGCAGUUCAUAACGACACAGUGAUAACUUUAUAGGCCUAUGCGUAACUGCUGAGUGCCAAAGAUGUUUCAUCAUGAAAAGUGGUUUUAGGCUUUUUUAACUGGUAAUUUUUAAUUUUCAAUUGAGAAGCAUGUAAUUCACGACCAAAUGGGACAAUUGUCAAAAUUCCAAUAAAAUGAACGUAUCUGUAUUGUAGUAACCAUUCCAAUUUGAUGUUUAUAUGAAUUAAAAUGUAAAUAACCAAUGA